AUGUGUAUAGUUGAGUUUCAAAAACGAGGGCUACCUCAUGCUCAUAUCUUGAUAUGGUUGUCAGAGGGUGCAAAAUUGAGAACAGGGAGCGACAUUGACAAAAUUAUAUCAGUAGAGUUAUCAGACCCUACAUUGUAUCCUUCAUUAUCAAAUGUUGUUUCAAAUUUUAUGUUGCACGGACCAUGCGGUUUAGCAAACAAGUCAUCUCCAUGUAUGAAAGUUCGGCGUUGUAAGAAAUUUUUCCCAAAGGACUACGAAGAUGCAACAAGGAUUGACGAGGAUGGGUAUCCAAAGUACGAGCGAAGGCAAACUAGAAUAACUAUAAGCAAAAAAUGGGUCAAUUUGGAUAACAUAUAUGUUAUGCCUUACAACCCACAACUUCUUAUGAGGUAUCAGACCCAUAUCAACGUUGAAUAUUGCAAUAAAUCAAAUGCAAUAAAAUAUUUGUUCAAGUAUGUGAACAAGGGUCCUGAUCGAGUUUCUAUUGAAAUUUCUAAUCAUGGAAAAGACACAAACGAAGACGAGGUUGUAGAUGAGAUAAAGCAGUAUUAUGACUAUAGGUACUUAUCUCCAUGUGAAGCAGUGUGGAGAAUUUUCCAAUUCUAUAUUCAUGACAAGUGGCCCCCAAUUCAUAGGCUAGCCUUUCAUCUACCUAAUGAGCAGUCAAUUACCUUUAGGGAUUAUGAAAGAAUAGAUAGGGUUGUUGAACGAAGUGAGACUCUUGAUACCAUGUUUUUAGCAUGGUUUGAAGCAAACAAAAAAUAUCCAGCUGGUCGAAAUCUAACAUACGCAAAAUUUCCUCAAAUGUUCGUUUACGACCAUGAUGCAAGGUUAUGGAAACUCAGGAAACAAGGUUUCGCAAUUGGAAGGUUGACUUAUAUCCCUCUUGGUUGCGGAGAAAUUUUCUACAUGAGACUAUUCCUCACUAUUCAGAAAGGAUGUACGAGUUUCAAUGAUGUGAAGACAUUUCAUGGGCAAUUAUUUGAAACAUUCCGAGAUGCAUGUUAUGCUUUGGGAUUGCUAGCUGAUGACAAGGAGUUCAUAGAUGCAAUUAAGGAAUCAAGCAAGCUAGGUUCUGGUCACCAAUUAAGACGGUUAUUCGCUACUUUGCUAUUCAUGUGCACAAUGAGUAUACCAGACUUGGUUUGGAAUGUUACAUGGAGGUUACUUGCUGAUGGAAUCUUGCAUGAAAGAAGAAGACGACUUCAAAUACCAGGGUUUUGA